AUGGCGACGGGCGAUACUCCCACUGUAGCCAUCUCAGACGAUGCUCCAACGACAGCUCAACCUUUGCACCCAGUCACACACUGGGAACAAUUGAACGAGGAAGAGGAAGCGCAGAACAAUGAUGCCGACUCUGUCAUCUCCGACCCCGCUGAGUCGACAGCAUCAAUGACUUCGAGCAUUCUUUCAUAUCGAACCAUUCAAGGACGAACAUUUCACUCAGAAAGAGGAAACGCUCAAUACUGGGCUUCCAAUGACGAACAGCAGAAUGAGUCUAUGGAUAUAGUACAUCAUUUCCUCAGCCUUCUGCUUGAUGGCAAACUAUUUCUAUCGCCUUUGAAGGAUAAUAUUCAGUCAGUUCUGGAUAUUGGAACCGGGACAGUAGAGAGCGCAAAGCUGAUACUGAAACGCCGAAGCGACUUUGCGGACCAAUUCCCGGGCGCAAAAGUCGUAGGGACCGAUAUCUCACCUAUCCAGCCAUCAUGGGUUCCGCCAAACCUCGAAUUCCAUAUCGAUGAUUGUACCCAGCCAUGGACCUUCGCCCCAGAUUCAAUUGACUUUGUUCACAUGCGCUAUCUAUUCGGCAGCAUUAAGGACUGGUCAGCGUUAUUCAAGGAAGCCUUCCGGGCAUGUAGACCCGGCGGAUGGGUUGAAAGUCAUGAGGCUUCAGCAAUGAUGGAGAGUGAUGAUGGAACAGUCACAGAUACCAGCGCUAUGCAUGAAUGGGGAAGGUUCUUUAUCGAGGGGGGAAAGAAGAUGGGACAGCCGUGUACCAUUCUCGAGGAUGAACUCCAACAAAAGUGCAUGCGCGAAGCUGGUUUUGAGGACAUUCAAAUCGCCGACUACAAGAUUGCUAUCGGCGGGUGGCCUAAAGACAAGAAGAUGAGAGAAAUUGGUCAGUAUGUUCUGGCUGCUCUGGAGCAGGACUUUGAGGGCUACGUCUUGUACAUGGCGAGCCAGCUGUUGGGCUGGUCCAUGCAAGAAGUCAAAGUAUACUGCGCGCAGCUCCGGCGGGAACUUAGGUCUACUGCGAACCAUCCUUUCUUUCGUUACCGUGCGGUCUAUGGUCGAAAGCCACAGACUUCUUGA